UAAAGGAAACUGAAUAGUGGCCCUGAUGCAUCAUGCAUGCAUUGAUGAUUGUCAUUAUUUAUAUCUUUCUAAUUCCAAUUGAUGAAAGAAAGACAACACAAGACAGAGUCAUAUAUAGUUGUGGAUCAUUUUUUGUUUGUUUAACAAAAAAAAAUGUUGUUUUUGUAGGUACUUGUUGAUAUUCCGGAAGAAGUUUGUACGUGUACUUGACGAAAUCAUCAAACUGGUUCACCCGCAAUUUCAGGCAGUAGUGGCUGAUGUCUUGCAACUGGUGCCACAAGAUAUUUUGGCACUCAUAACUGAAGCAAAACGUGACUCCACGGUCAGAAUCAUGGAGUACGUACAUUGACAAAACGAGUGCAGAUAUCAAACAUGUAAGAUAUGCAACAUGGGUUAAACGUCGGGUAAGUAAAUAUCUUUGACUCACUUGAUUUCAAAUGGUUUUCCAGUUUAUAACUUUCAUUUAUUUUUGGUUUGAUUGGCAGCUGAUACCAGACUGUUUGAAAGGUAAGGAAUGGCAAGAAAUCAUGGGAGAGUUGAGACACCAGCGGGAUCACGAUGUAUGUUGGGCUAUUGUAGUUAGCGAACUUAUAAGGGCAAUGAGAAUAAUCGAUGGACGUCAGACAGACAAAACGAUCAGAUACUCUCCGCAAGAUUUGAUUGAUUUUUCGGAUAAAGAUAAACGAAGAACAGAGCAGAAAUCAGGUCACUACUGCUACACCCUGAAUCUGAUAAAAGGAAUGGAAUACGUAGUUGAAAAUGGAAUCCAAAGGGAAGAAGAUAGGCCUUUCAAAGGAUGUCCUGAAAAUGUUGCUGAGCGUAAACCAUCCGAGUUUGCUUAUAUAGAAAAAUUUGUGAGACUCCGUUCCUUGGAAGAUGCGCUUCUCCAACUGGCACACCAUCCCAUUGGUGCAGCCUUGGCAAUGUUUCAACCUGAAUACAGAGAAAUUGGGAAAAAAAUUUAUCGUGGACCUGCCAAUCGGUUCUCUCGUUUCGUUGGUUUGCAUGCUAUUUCUCUAAUGGCCGUGUAUGAAGAUGAGAAUGGAGAAAAGUAUAUUCUUGGAAGAGCUAGCCAUGGGGAUGACUUUGGAGAUCAUGGCUACAUCAGAAUCUCAUUGGAAGCUAUGCUUCUUUACAUACCCACUCCCGGUGAAGCAAUUGACGACAAGUUUUCAAAAUACUUCUCCAAGCCGGCGCCACUUCUUAGCAGGUUUUCCUACCCAAAACUAUUAUCUCUGAAGGAUGAGGAAGCUAAACGUGUGAAGCAUGCAAAACAGAUUAGUAAGAAGAAGUUUCAUGACUUUUUUUUUGUUUUGUUUUAAUUUACUUAUUUUCACGCUCCAACAAACGCUUAAUUGUUUUACAACUGACUGAUACAGGGCAUGGAUGAUGAUUAAAAAACGACUGAUGGAAAGAAACAAACAAGGCGUUGACAACCAAUUUAUUUUUUUCUUCUGUUUUGCAUAUGCAGCAAACCCUCCUUGUCUGAGCGGUUAAAACAUGAUGCUGUUGAUACAUGGUUUUUAUUUUAUUUUUGCUUUAUCCAG